AUGACUGCUGCGGGAGUCUCUCCGUCAAGCUCUCCGCGGCUUCCCAGCCCUCCUCCAUUUACUGAGGUUCAAAUUGGGCCUCAGUCGCCGUUGGUUGGCGAAUCCUUUGGUAAAGAUACAGACCUGCUCGGUGGUGCGAUGGGACAGAACGAUGGCUCGGCGCGCAGAAUCCGGCCAGGGACGAAGUCCGCCAACAUGGGCCUGCCGGCGAUUUCCCUAGAGCAGAUCGAUUCUCCAUUCCAGCUCCAGGAACACCUCAAAGCCCAGUACCAGAAGCUUGCGCCCCAGUACACUAAACUUGUGGAGAAGUACGAUGUGCUUAUGGAGAAGUACGAUGUGCUCAUGAAGGCGUACCAUGAGCAGAAACUCAAAGCAUCUGACAUAGCAGACCCGAAGUACGGUGUGCUUAUGGAGGAGUAUAAUGUGCUUUUGGAGGAAUACAAUCAGCAGAACCCCGAAGAAUUUGACAAGGUGGAUCGGACAAGCGAGGUUGCGAAAGAGCUAGAGUCGACAGAACACUCGGAGAUUGACAUUGCUCAAGAGCCAAGAAAACCUGGGAGCGAGGUUGUUAAUGAGCUGACAAAACCCCCGAAUGGAUUCAAGGAACUGGCUUGGAAGUACGAAUUGUGCCGCUUCUUCACUAUAGAAGCUAAUCGUCUCGUCGAGGGCUUUCUUACUGAGAACCCGCCCUGCUCGUUGCAAACUUGUCCCGAGAUGCGAGUCAACGAUUGGCAGUAUAUUUGCGCGGGCGCGGGGCACUCGGGUGCCAAAUACUGCUGCGCGAUUGACUAUUGCUGCCAUACUUUGGACUGGGCCAUGAACAUUCUCACCUCGGGCACUUUCGACGACCGACUUAUAUUGGCAGAUGAUGACAAAAUCAAGAAACCUUUGGAAGAUAUCUUCCGCCGCCUUUACCGCUUCUUCGCGCACGCAUGGUUUCGGCAUCCUGGUGUGUUUUCGAAGGUGGAAAAGCAUGGCGGUCUGUACGUCUUUUUUAAGACCGUUUGUGUUCACUACAACCUUGUCAAGGGCUACACGAUUCCCCUUAAGGCCGGCGGACCUGAUGAAGUCGCAGCAGCCCAGAGAAUCGAAGAGGCCGAGAAAAGGAAGGAGGAGACCGAGGGAAAAGCACCCAAGGAAAAACCCGCCAACCGUAGCAACCGUUUCACUAUUCUACGCAAAGAAGGUGAAAAUCUAUUUGGUACCGCUGUGGAGAGUGACGACCCGGCACUCAUUACUACUAUCGCAACCACCCGUCGCCACAAGCAUAGUCCUUCUACCGGAUCGCGUGUUACACCUAUCGCGGAGGAUGCGGAGGAUGCGGAGGAUGCGGAGGAUUUGGACGAGACUAUGUUAUUGCCACUGCGCGAGCCCCUGAGGCAAUCGCCCGAAUUGCGGCCUGUCUCUGUCUUGGAAAUACGGACUAGAGAGGAGCCUACAGCCGUGCAUGAGCCACCAAUUGAUGUGGUAACCCCCUCCGAAAAGCCGGUUGAAGAAUCUCAGGAACAGCCACCGCAAGAUCCCUAUGAGCAGCCAUCUGAACCCCCCGAAGACCAGGAAAAGAUUGAGAAGUCCAAGGAGCCCUUUUCCAAAGAGCCGGCUACAAACACAGAAUCCCCCGUCCAGAAAUAUGCUACAGAAGACGAUGGAAAUACAAUUUCCUAUGAAGAGGCAACUCCAGAUGAAGAGCCCAAAAUGGGUAUUAAAGCGGAGAUUGAGGCGGUACAAGAGCCUUUCGUUGCCCCUGAAGCCUAA